CCGGAAUUUCUCACUCAAGACAGCGCCGAAGCUUCAACGUUGCUCAACUCAAAUGGCAACCUUAAGCCGCCUUAGCAAAAGCUUGAAACCUCGCGACAACACCCUAUUGUCGCUUUUGACAGAUCUAGGACAGGUGGCUUUAUAUAAAGGUGCGCACAAUUGUGUCUUCAAAGCCUGUCGUCCAACACCCUUCAUGCUCCGUCAACUACCCAUCCUACAGAAACAACAAUACCUUCCAUCUCUUCUUUGUCGAGUUUCGCUGGAUACCAUUCAACAGAAACAAGUCAACGUCGGGCCUUUGCUUACACAAGGUCUCUGUCUCACAGUGCUGCUUCGCGAUCUCGACACCCACCAGACGACAGUGCACACUCUACCCCUGAAGCCAUGCUCUCACCACGGGAUCAAAGCGCAUCAGACGCGGCCCCGUCUCUGCACACACGCGCCGCCCAUGCACCUACAUACUAUGCGCCCUUGUUCUUCGGAGGCGGUCUCAUCGUAUUGGUGCUCCUCUUCGGCGCAAUCGGAUCGUGUGCUCGUCGGUAUAUGCAAAAUCGAACGGCUACCCAUUCGCCAGCCCCGUUCCGCUUCGGCAGACUGCUAUGGUGGCGGUCUCGAGAGGCUAAAAGAGAGGACGCGGAGCCGGGGUUGGUCGACGACAGUGAGGCUGAACAAGAGUAUCAUAUUCAGGUAAAUACUGCCCCUCGAAUCUCCAUUUGUGUGAGUCGUUUUUCUGACGAGCGUCAUAGUUGCAAGAUGUCGUGCUGCUGCCUUAUCCACGGGGCUA